AUGGAAGCGGCCAGGAGCCCACUGCCUGCCCUCUGCACCCCUGCUCCACCCCCAGCCUCAGGGGAACGGGGACCUAUACCCAUUAAAGCCCCAGACCUAGGCGCUGGUCCCUGGCAUCUGCAGGAUGACAAGGUCCCCACCCCGAGCACUGGUUACACCUAUCCAGCUUCAGCCACCACCCCCAACACCACUGGCCCCAUUCUGGUGUCCUUCACCCUGAACUUCACUAUCACCAACCUGCACUACACUGAAGACAUAGGGCACCCAUCUUCUUCCAAGUUCAACUCCACUGAGAGGAUCCUCCAGCACCGGCUCAGGCUUUUGUUCAAUAAGACCAGUGUCGGCCCCAUCUACGCUGGCUGCAGACUGGCCUCGCUCAGGCUUGAGAAGGGUGGAGCCGCCACUGGAGUGGACAUCACCUGCACCAUCCACUCUGAUCCUACAGGCCCCAGGCUGGACAAAGAGCAGCUGUACUGGGAGCUGAGCCGUGAGACCUAUGGCAUCACCCAGCUGGGGUCCUUCACCCUGGACAGGGAAAGCCUCUACAUCAAUGGUUAUAACUAUGGAGCCAUGGCCCCAACUACCACUACUGGGAAGGUCAGCGAGGAGCCGUUCACGCUGAACUUCACCAUCGACAACCUGCGCUACUCAGCGGAUAUGGGCCACCCCGGCUCCCUCAAGUUCAACAUCACAGACAGCCUCAUGCAGCACCUGCUCAGCCCAUUGUUCCAGAGGAGCAGCCUAGGAGCCCGAUAUGCAGGCUGCAAGGUCACCUCACUAAGGUCUGUGAAGAAUGGCGCCAAAACAAGGGUGGACAUCCUCUGCACCUACCGGCAGCCCCCCAGCAGCCCAGGUCUGCCUGCCAGGCAGGUGUUCCAUGAGCUGAGCCGGCAGACCCGUGGCAUCACCCGGCUGGGCCCCUAUUCUCUGGACAAGGACAGCCUCUACCUCAAUGGCUAUAAUGAACGUGGUCCAGAUGAGCCUCCUACAACUAUGGGACACAACCUGAAGACCCUCACACUAAACUUCACCAUCUCCAACCUCCAGUAUUCAAUGGAUAUGAACAAUGGCUCAGCUAUGUUCAACUCCACCAAGAGGACCCUGCAGCGCCUGCUUGGAUCCUUGUUUCUGAAAAGCAGUCUGGGCCCCUUCUACUCAGGUUGCAGACUAAUCUCCCUCAGACCUGAGAAGGACGGGGCAGCCACCCAUGUUGAUACCAUCUGCACCUACCGCCAUGAUUCCAUGGGCCAUGGGCUGGACAGAGAGCGGCUUUACUGGGAGCUGAACCAGCUGACCCAUGGUGUCACCCAGAUGGGCCUCUACACCCUGCUCAGUGACAGCCUCUUCGUCAAUGGCUAUGCACCCCAGAGUUUAUCUACCCAGAGGGAGUAUCAGCUAAAUUUCCGCAUCGUCAACUGGAACCUCAGCAACCCAGACCCCAUACCCUUGGAGUCCACAGCCCUGUGGAGGGACAUCCAGGACAAGGUCACCAAACUCUACAGAGGCAGCCAGCUACAAGACAUGUUCCGCUCUUGUCUGGUCACCAACUUGACGUUGGGCUCCAUGUUUGUCACCAUCCAGGCACUGUUCUCUUCUAAUGUGGACCCCAGCGUGGUGAAGAAAGUCUUUCUGGACAAGACCCUGAAUGUCUCAUCGCACUGGCUAGGCGCCACCUAUCAGCUGGCGGACUUUCAUGUGACAGAAGUGGAGCCAUCAGCUCAUCUACCAACAGACAAACCAACAAGCAGUCCCCGCCCUGAGCACUUCCAGCUGAAUUUCACUGUCACCAACCUACUCUAUUCCCAGGACAUAGCCCAGCCGGGCACCACCAGACACCAGCAGAACAAGAGAAGUAUUGAGAAUGCGCUCAACCAGCUCUUCCAAAACAGCAGCAUCAAGAGUUUUUUCUCUGGCUGUCAAGUUUUAGCAUUCAGGUCUGUCCCCUACAGCAACCACACUGGGGUGGACUCCCUGUGUAACUUUUCACCAUCGGCUUGGAGACUGGACAGAGUUGCCAUCUAUUUGGAGUUCCUGAGGCUGACCAAAAAUGGUACCCAGCUGCAGAACUUUACCCUGGACAGAAACAGUGUCCUUGUGGAUGGGUAUUCUCCCAACAGAAAUGAUGUCUUAACUGAGAAUUCUGACCUCCCCUUCUGGGCCAUCAUCCUUAUCUGCUUGGUGGGACUCCUGGUACUCAUCACAUGCCUGAUCUGCUGCUUCCUGGUCACUGUCCGCCAGUGGAAGAAGGAGGGAAACUACGAGGUUCAGCAGCACAGUCUGGACUCUUACCUGCCACACCUGGAUCUGAGGAAGCUGCAGUGAGAGCUUUGCGUGAGGCUCCAAUGGAGCUUGGCUGGAGCAGGAAUAAACCACAUUGGUCAGACACAG